UCUUUGGACUCUGGGCAAACACUGAAAAGAGGAGAACAUAAGAGAAGAUGCUCAGAAGUCUGAACACUAAGAGAUCCAGCACAUCACACACUGACAUACUCAGGGAGGUUCAAAACAACCAAAAAUAAGAAAACCUUCUCAAUACUAGGAUGCGCAGGAAAACACCUUGAAAGUCAAACAUAAAAAUAUAAAAAUGGACAGACGUGUUCUUCUGACACUGCUCAUCUUUGCUUCUUUUCUUGCUUGUGCCCACAGCCAGUGUCGGGAAGGUUGGAGGGAGUAUGAUGGUAAAUGUUACUUCUUUUCAACUGACACCAAGUCGUGGACGGAGGCGAAUGCGUACUGCCUAGAGCAGAACACCAACCUGAUGAGCAUUCAGAACAUUCAUGAGAGGUUGUGGGUGAGAACACAAAUCGGCACAGAGAUCUUCUGGAUUGGUUUAAAUGACAAGAUCGUAGAAGGUGUUUGGGAGUGGAGUGAUGGGAAGCCUUUUAUAGAAUAUUUAUCGUUCUGGAUGUCAGGCCAACCUGAUAACUGGAAUGAUGCUGAGGACUGUGGUCAGUUGGUUGGGUCCAACUCUGGACACUGGAACGAUGAGAACUGCAAUAAUAAGAGGAAAUAUAUCUGCAAAUACAUUAACACAAACCCGGCCCCACAGUGUGACUUAGCCAGCGGCUGGAGGCAGCACGGCUCCAACUGCUACAAGUUUAAGUCAGAAUCGAUGAAGAGCUGGUCAGCAGCCAGGCAUGACUGUCUGCAGGAGGGAGGAGACCUGGUUUCCAUAACCUCAGUGCAGGAAAACACGUUUGUGAUGGGAACAUUGUCGUUAACGCAUCUGGAUUUCUGGAUUGGGCUGUCCACACUGAAAUGCAACAGGAUUUCAUGUCAGGUUGAUCCUGGGAACAGCAACUUUGCCUGGUCUGAUGCAAUGCAGUUGGACUAUACCAACUGGGAUGGUGCACCUUCAGUUGACCCACAGGUUGGCGGGUGUGCUGCGUUAAUCAAAGAUACAUCAGAAGCAUAUGGAAAGUGGAGGUCCCAUUUGUGCAGAUAUGAGCGCCCCUACAUAUGCAAACGUCUAAUCAGCACCAUCUGUCUUCCGGGUUGGCAGAGCUUUAAUGGCAGCUGUUACUGGAUGGUCAGUAAUACCAAUCUGUUGACCACCUGGUAUGAAGCUGUAACCAAGUGCUCUGAUAUAAGUGCUCACCUGCUGUUCAUAAACAGUCAAGAGGAGCAGUUUUUCAUAAACGGGAAACUUCCAGACUUUCACCAAGUGGACAUUCCUGACAUCUGGAUUGGCUUAUCAGAUAUGUACCAGGAUGGAGACUUUAAAUGGGAGGAUAAAAGCAAAAUCCAGUUCUCAAAUUACGGUGCUGGUUGGCCCAGAAACACAGCAAAUAUGUGGGACUGUGGUCAGAUCUUCACAGGGAACUAUGAAGGCAAAUGGGAAACAACCAACUGCUUUAAGAGCCUGGGUUACAUCUGUGAGAUGACAGGUGGACUGAACCCUCAACCAACUGCAUCGCCUGAUGGCCACUGUGACCGUGGAUACUUGCUGUAUAAGGACUUCUGCUAUCACUUUGAGACCGAGCAGGUGAAAAACUGGCAAGAUGCCGAGGCUCACUGUACCAAAGAGCAGGGUCAUCUGGUCAGCUUUAGCUCAGAGGAAGACCUCAGUUUCCUUACCGCUCACAUGCCAGCAGAAGCCUGGGUGGGUUUGAAUGACAUCAGUGUUGAAAACGAGUUUGUGUACACUGACGGAUCAGCUGCAACCUUCCUUCCGUGGGCACUCAACCAGCCAGACAACUGGGAGAACGAGGACUGCGUUCACCUGACUGGAAUGACUCACACCGACCCUGGGAAGCUUAAUGACGACAAAUGCACUGCCACAAAGGAAUUUGUCUGCAAAAAAGCAAAGGGUCAAGGAUCUCUACCUCAACCUCCAACAUCUGGACCAGGAUGGAAUGAGAAAUGUGGCUCAUGGACCUCUGACCCUUUCAAUGACUACUGCUACCUUUUUAACUACCUGUCAAUGAGGACUUGGGCAGAGGCCCGAGCCGACUGUGUCAACCAGGGAGGGGACCUUCUCAGUAUCACUGAACCCUUUGAGCAGGCCUUCAUACAAGGCCUGAUCCAGCAGAGUCCCACUGGGAUCUCCCUUUGGAUGGGAGGUCAUGACUCCGUCACAGAGGGUGGCUGGGAGUGGACAGACGGCUCUCCGUUCAGAUACAUCCGCUGGAAUGCAGGUAACCCAGAUGAUUAUUUUGGUGAAGACUGCCUGUCGAUACUUAUUAAUAAUGGCUACUGGAAUGACGACAACUGCCAGAACAAGAGAGGAUACAUCUGCAAGCGUAGAGGAAAAACACCUAAACCUCCUCCACCGCAUGAUGGUUUUUUGACGGCAAUCGUGUGCCAAGACUCUGCUGCUGUCCUUCACUGUCCACCGGAAAGUGUGAUAAACAUCCAGUCUGCUUUCUAUGGCCGAAAGAGCAGUGACAUCUGCCCACACUUUGAGGGAUCAGAAGGCAGCUGUACAGUCGAAGGAGUUCUUCCUCAGUACAGAAAGGCAUGUGAUAACCGUGCUUUCUGCUUUGCGUACGCCCACACUGAAGAAGACCCCUGUCCUUCUGUCUAUAAAUAUCUGGAGAUUGUCUAUAGUUGUGAACAAAAAGUGUGUCUGCAUGGCUUGGGUGUUGAGGACGGAAACAUCACAGACUUCCAGCUCUCUGCUUCUUCUUCUAUCGGUUCCUUUACUGCCAACAAAGCCCGUUUGAAUGGAAAUUCCUGUUGGAUGCCCUCAGGAAGCGCAAUGUCAAGCUGGAUCCAAGUGAACCUUGGUCAGACCCGGAAAGUAACUGGUAUUGUAAUCCAGGGUUGUCCUCACAAUGACUACUGGGUCACUAAAUUUAAAUUGCAGCAUAGUAUGGAUGGAGCAAGGUGGACUGACUACUCAGGUGAUGGAGAUUUUUUCCUAGGCUCAACAGACAGAAACACCCCUGAUACUCAGAUGCUGGGCACUCCUGUGUCAGCUCAGUACGUCCGCCUCCUUCCACGGGAUUUUAGCAGCCAGGCGGGCCUCCGGUUUGAAGUCUUGGGAUGCACCCCUGACUAUGCAAUCACAUGUGCCAACAAGCCCAACUUAAAUUUUGCCAACGAUCAAAUGAAGGUGCACUGUCCAGCAGGCUGUGCUAAUUCAGAUUACCUAGUGUAUGGCACAUCAGUAUAUCGUGGGGACUCAAACAUCUGUGCGGCGGCCAUCCAUGCUGGAGUUGUCCUCAACGAGAUCGGAGGAGACUGCACUUUAUUGAAAGCUCCGGGACAAAACUUUUAUCCUGGUUCUACCAGGAACGGCAUUACCUCCAGACAAUUUAAUGGAAACUAUAAUGUGUCAUACACUUUUUCAGAUGGGGAGCUGAGAUGCUCUGGACCUGACUGGUUUGAGUUUGGAGAUUUCUGCUACAAACCUUUCGGAGACAAAAAGACUUGGCAUGGCGCUCGGAUCACAUGCAGGAAUCUGGGCGCUGAGCUUGUUUCCAUCCAGUCCAUGAAGGAACAGAGCUGGGUGGAAAGCUACCUGUACAUGGCCACCAGUGACGUGUGGACUGGUCUGAAUGACCUGGUUGUGCCUGGUAUGUUCAUGUGGUCUGAUGAACAUUUAGUAACCUUCACCUAUUGGGCUCCAGGAGAACCCAACAAUCAUGAUGGCUUCAGUGAGGACUGUGUUGAAAUGUUACACCAGACUGGCAGAUGGAAUGAUGUGUCCUGCACAGAGCUUAACAACUACAUAUGCAAAAUGCCCAAAGCACAUUAUCCAGUCCCCUCUGUCAAACCCACUGUGUAUGGAUGUCCUCAGGGUUGGGACGCAUAUGGGUACUCAUGCUACUGGAUGGAAGAGAUGGCCAGGAGUUGGUCGGAUGCUAAAGCCUUCUGUAAGGAGAAGGGCGCCUUCUUGUUGCACAUCGGAAACAUCUACGAGCAGUCCCAUUUUACAGUAGCCCUGACAGGAAGGACUGGUUUCUGGUGGAUGGGGCUGCGCGCCCAUGGAGACUCGAGCGGAGGGGUCGACUACGUCUGGGACAAUGGCUUACCUUUGACCUUCACUCACUGGGACAAAGACCAGCCUGAUAAUGAGGAUGGUACCUGCGUGGCUAUGACAACAGGUCAGAUUGGCGGUUUCUGGGAUGACAAACAGUGCUCAGAGGAGUACGCUUUCAUCUGUGAAAAGUCCAGAACUGACAUCACUCCACCUACAAAGGCUCCAACUCCUCCUCCUUCACAAGGCUGUGCUGACGGCUGGACUGCUUUGCCCCACUUCAGGAACUGCUACAGGCUUUUCCACAAUGUGGACUGGUCUCAGAAGAAGAGCUGGGAAGCAGCAUACGAGGACUGCAUAUCCAGAGGAGCUAAUCUGGUCAGUAUCCACAGUCAGGAGGAGGAAGAGUUUUUGUCUCUGUACAGCAAAGACAGCACUAAGUGGAUCGGCCUCAAGCACAACCCUACAGAAGGAGGUUAUUCCUGGAGUGAUGGAACGCCAUUGUCACACACAAACUGGGGCCACGGGGAGCCAAAUAACCAUGAGGACCGCGAGGACUGUGUGGAGAUGGUGAGCAGCACUAACGGAACCAUUUCCUGGUGGAACGACCUGAACUGUGACGCUCAUCAGGACUGGAUAUGCAUGAUUUCCAAAGGAAAAACCCCAACCAUUCCACCAGUGCCUCCAUCUCCUGUCCCAGCUCCCGACUGUGGCUCCAACCCUGGCUGGAGGAAGAACAACAACAUCUGUUACUACUACAAUGACACAGAUGUAAUUGACUUCCAUACAGCAAUGACACGCUGCUUCGCAGAGAAGGCCAUGCUUGUGUCCAUCCUCAACAAAGAUGAACAGGCAUAUGUUAACAGCAUGGUGGGCACAGGGAAGGUGGUUGCAUCUUGGAUCGGAAUGAGGAUGGUUGGCAUUGCAAAUGGACAGUACAUAUGGGUAGACUUGUCCCCUGUAACGUACACCCACUGGGCUCCAGGUGAGCCAAACAACGCCAACGGGGAGGAGCAAUGUGUCCAGAUGAACCGACAUCAAGGUGGAUGGAAUGAUGCAAACUGCGGCCGAGCCGGAGCAGGUUAUGUUUGUAAGAAGUUCCCUGGAGACGUCCACACACCUCCUCCUCCUACACAACCCUGGGAGGGCAACUGUCCUGCAGGAUGGUUGCGUUUUAAGGACAAGUGCUUCAUGUUCAAAGGGAAGAAACACGAAAUCAAAGCGAACUGGUCUCAUGCUCGAAGCUGGUGCAAAGAUCAAGGAGGAGAGUUGGCGAUUAUUGAUAACCAGUAUGAGAAUGACUUUGUAGCUAGUUACCUCAAAGACCUGGAGCUCCCCACUUGGAUCGGUCUGUCAGAUCUCUUAGUGGAGAAUCAGUACGCCUGGAGUGACGGGUUCAGUCCAGUGCUGUACACCAACUGGAAUGAACAUGAGCCCAACAAUGCAGGAGGGGCGGAACACUGUGUUGCCUUGACCCAUGGUACUCACACUACUGGCAAAUGGAACGAUGACGCCUGUCACAAACAUCAUAGCUUUGUCUGCUAUAGAAAGAAAUCAAGCAGCAUCCAACCUCCUCCUCCCACCAAGAGCCCCUGCCCAGCUGACUACAUCUCCUGGUACCAGAACUGCUACAAGCUGGUUGAGGAUCCGGCUACCUGGGAUGCAGCUCGGGCAGCCUGCGAAAAGCAGGGCGGCAACUUGGCCAGCAUUGAUAUGAGCUACGAUCAGGCCUUUGUGGCCGGGGUCGUCCUGCAAGGAAAGGCAGAUGCCUGGAUCGGAUUAAGGCGCAAGGAGGAGGGCUCCUACAUGUGGACAGACAAUUGGCCAGUUUUCUUCACUGCUUGGGGUCCGGGAGAGCCCAGUAAUAUCAAGGAUGAGGGCUGCGUCAGCAUGCAUGCUUCGAUCUUGUUCCACGGGACCUGGAACGACACCAAAUGCGACCAGGCUAAGCCCUACAUCUGCAAGAUCUCCUCAGUAAAACCACCUCCAACUCCCAGCCCCGGUGAUGGGAAGUGUUUGUCUUUCUGGGUUCCCUACGGCCGAUACUGUUACCUUGUGUACGAUGGAAAGGAGGGCUUCUCAUGGAAUGAUGCCCGACACUACUGCCAGUCGGUAAGGACAGAGCUGGCCUCCAUUCACAGCAGAGCAGAGUUAGAGUUCAUCAGGAGCUUAAACAACACCAAGAACCACAACCUCUGGAUCGGCCUGACCCGGGACAGAAACUUUGGUUGGGGCUGGACAGACAAGACACCAUUGGCAUUUCUUAACUGGGCUCAAGGUGAGCCUAAUUCGGCCUUUCAUCCCGGGGAUAUUGCCGAAGAGAACUGCGUGGAGAUGUAUCUUGACGGGCGCUGGAAUGACAACAACUGCCUCCAGAAGAGAGGCUUUGUUUGUCGCCAUCGCCAGUAUUACACAACAGAUGAUAACAAAAAUCCUAUCUUCCCCACUGACAGUCCAGGUGCACAUGCUGGUGUGAUAGUCGGCGCCAUCAUCGGCGCCAUCAUCUUCUUCUCCUUGAUAGUUGGACUGCUGUACUAUGUCUUCAGAGUGCAGGGAUAUAAACUGAGCAGUUUGAGCUUCCCGACGAGAACAACUACAAAUGUCGAUGUGCCGGCUUUCAGCAACCCCAACUUCAUAGGCGAAUCAGACACGUAAACCCUCCCGUUUCUGUAGAGUACAUCAAUGAGGAAAUAUUUUUUUAAUAGUUGUACUGGUUUAAUGGUUUAAAGCUUCUGACAAGCAUAAUGUUUUGUACGAUUAGGAAUUGUGUAUACUUCAGUACAGCUGGAAAAAUAAAACUAUUUGAGAUUGUACCCCUUUUAAGUGAUGAAAAAAUAUUUGUAAUGUUUAAAACCUCAAUUUUGUGACUCCAUUAAACUCCAUAAUAAAUGUACAGAUGCAACAGA